ACCAAUAGGCCAAUGUGGUCGAUUAAAUAUGGAAGGCAACAGAGACGAAAGUACUAAAUGUAUUUCUAUCGCCCAGAAAUGUAUAAAUGUAGGGGCAUAUGAAAAAGCGUUGAAAUUCCUAAAUAAAGCAGAAAGACUUUAUCCAACACAAAAAGCUAAAGAUUUACUUGACCACGUAAAGAAACUAAGUGAGACAGCAACAGAUGAUGGUGGGGGUGGGACACAGAAAGCAGAGGAUGGUGUGCGGCAGCGCAGGGGCAGUCAUAGCAGGGAGGCAAACGAUUCAGCUCAAACCAGUGAACCAAAGGAGAAAGAUUACACAGAGGAGCAGUUGGCAGCAGUUAGGAGGAUAAAGAAGUGUAAAGACUAUUAUGAGAUACUAAGUGUAGAGAAAGAUGCAUCAGAAGCAGACUUAAAGAAAGCUUACAGAAAACUGGCCCUUCAAAUGCAUCCAGAUAAGAACAAGGCACCUGGGGCAACAGAAGCUUUUAAAGCUGUUGGUAAUGCAUUUGCUGUGAUAAGUGACCCAGCAAAGAGGAAAAAGUAUGAUAUGUUUGGUCCGGAGGAAGAACAGAGAAGUUCUCGUAGUAAUCGUGAAUAUGAUUAUUCACAUGGGUUUGAAGGUGAUAUUUCACCGGAAGAACUUUUCAACAUGUUUUUUGGAGGCGGAUUUCCCUCAGGGAGUGUUUAUCAACGAAGGGGCAGACAUUCACAUAUGCAUUCAAGGCAACAUUAUAGAUUCACUUCUAGAGAAUCACAUUCUUCAAAUGAUGGCAGCGCUACACUACUGUUACAGUUAGCUCCGAUAUUAUUGUUGGUUGUUCUAUCUCUACUUAGCAGUUUCUUUGUGUCAGAUCCUGUCUUUAGUCUAUCUCGCACAGAUAAGUACUCUGCUCAGAGGAAGACCCAACAUUUACAUAUACCUUAUUAUGUGAAACAAGAUUUUACAUCAAACUUUGCGGGUGAUUUACGGCGUAUAGAAAGACAAGUAGAGGAAGAAUUUAUUUCUAAUUUACGUCAAAAUUGUUGGAGAGAAAGAAGUUAUAAAGAAAACAUGUUAUGGAGGGCCAGAAAUUAUGCCGAUGCAAAAUUAUAUGAACGAGCACAAAGUAUGGAGACGCCAUCCUGUGAUCAGUUACAAAGAAUAUACAGCUAGUGACUCUACUUGAUAAACCUCCCGUUCUUUUACUUAUUUACCACUGAAAUAUAAUCAGGGUCCGAGGUCCGUGUCUGGAGCAGCAGUUAUAUGGAAUUAUAUGGAAUUAUGUUGUUGUCGAAUAUGAAGAUGGAUGAAGGACCGAAAACAACACAGACGAAUGGUUUCAACUGUGAUUGCAAUAUGUAGUCUUAUUGAACUUAACCUGGUAAUGGAGAUGUGUUGAAAGAAAUCUUAUUUGGAAAGAGAAUUGAAAAGAAUUGAUUAACAGAAAGACUACUCGACACUUUUGCAUCCUCUGAUUUUAUCUAUAUAAGAACUGGAAGACAUGGUUCUGUAUAAAAGUUUUAAGAUCACAUUCAACAGUCUAUGAACAGUAUGCUUAUAGUGACUGUACUGUUUUCAGUUUGUACAAGAAAAAAUUGUGCACAUUAUAUAAAUGUAUAAGAUUUUUUAGCUCACCUGUCACGAAGUGACAAGGUGAGCUAUUGUUACCGCUUGAUGUCCGUCGUGCGUCAACAAUUUGUAAAAAAAUCUUCUUCUUGAAAACCACUGGGCAGAAUUACACCAAACUUCACAGGAAUGAUCCUUGGGUGGCCCCCUUUCAAAAUUGUUAAAACAAUUGAAUUCCAUGGAGAACUCUGGUUGCCAUGGCAACCGAAAGGAAAAACUUUAAAGAUUUUCUUCUCAAAAACCAGAAGCCCUAGAGCUUAGAUAUUUGGUGUGAAGCAUUGCCUAUUGGACCUCUACCAAAUUUGUUCAAAUCAUGACCCCAGGGUCAAAAUUGACCCCGCCCCAGGGGUCACUUGAUUUUACAUAGGAAAAUCUUAAAAAAUCUUCUUCUCAAAAAGCAUAAGCCCUAGAGCUUAGAUAUUUGACAUGUAGCAUUGCCUAGUGGACCUCUAGUGGACCCAGGGGUCACUUGAUUUUACAUUUGAAAAUCUUCAAAAAAUUUCUAAAAAUAAACCAGAAGGCCUAGAGCUUAGAUAUUUGACAUGUAGCAUUGCCUAGUGGACCUCUACAAAAUUUGUUUAAAUUAUGACCCCCAGGGUCAAUAUUGACCCCGCCCCAGGGGUCACUUGAUUUUACAUAGGAAAAUCUUAAAGAUCCUUCUUCUCAAAAACCAGAAGCCCUAGAGCUUAAAUAUAUGGUGUGAAGCAUUGCCUAGUGGACCUCUACCAAUGUUGUUCAAAUCAUGACCCCGUACUUGAUUGUACAUAGGAAAAUCUUAAAAAUUCUUCUCAAAAAGCAUAAGCCCUGGAGCUUAGAUAUUUGACAUGUAGCAUUGCCUAGUGGACCUCUACUAAAAUUGUUCAAAUCAUGACCCCGGGGUCAAAAUUGACCCCGCCUCAGGGGUCACUUGAUUUUACAGAUGAAAAUCUUUAAAAAAAAUCUAAAAAUAAACCAGAAGGCCUAGAGCUUAGAUAUUUCAAAUGUAGCAUUGCCUAGUGGACCUCUACUAAAGUUGUUCAAAUCAUGACCCCGGGGUCAAAAUUGAGCCAGCCCUAGGGGUCACUUGAUUUUACAUAUGAAAAUCUUCAAAAAAAUUCUUAAAAUAAACCAGAAGGCCUAGAGCUUAGAUAUUUCACAUGUAGCAUGGCCUAGUGGACCUCUACAACAUUUGUUCAAAUCAUGACCCCCGGGGUUACUUGAUUUUACAUAGAAAAAUCUUUAAAAUUUUCUAAAAAAAACCCCAAAAGGCCUAGAGCUUAGAUAUUUGACAUGUAGCAUCGCCUAGUGGACCUCUACAAAAUUUAUUUAAAUCUUGACCCCCACAGGGUCAAAUUGACCCAGCCCCAGGGUUACUUGAUUGUGCAUAGGGAAAUCUUCAUAAAUUUGCUAAAAAUAAACCAGAAGGCCUAGAUCUUAAAGCUUUAGCUAAGAAAUUUGUUCAAGCAAGCAACUCUACUCAGGUGAGCGAUAUAGGGCCAUCAUUGCCCUCUUGUUUAUGUAAAGAUCUUGCAUUGAUUUCAUGUUGCCUUUUUGAUUUUUUAAAGUAAUACAGAAAUCUAAACUAAAAUAUAAUAGUCAGACACAUAUUAAGUUGUUUUUACAUGUUGAUUUAUUUGACUGUUGUGUAAAAUCUCACCAUUUAUCAUGUAGUUUAAAACAGUUCCACUUAUAAAGUAUAAAAGUUUUUUCUGAACUAUUUAAGUUUAAUAAUGAAGUUUAUAUAUAUAUUAUGCUUCUUUGUGAAGCUGUUUGGCAGCAUUAAUUUGUUGGUAAUAAAAACAAUACACAUGAUUUCUCUGUAUUGAUGUAGGUGUAGGUUCCUAAUGUACUUCAAUACUGUCCCAACACACAAAUACAUACGUAUUUUGGUGAUUGUGGUCUAAAAUGAUACACCCCUCUUCAGAAAUUUUAACCCUUUUAAUAUAAUAGUGAAUGAGUACAACUGUCCCCUGUAUACAGGUUUACAGGAAUGAACAAGUAGAAAUGAGCCGUGCCAUGAGAAAACCAACAUAGUGGCUUUGCGACCAGCAUGGAUCCAGACCAGCCUGCGCAUCCGCGCAGUCUGGUCAGGAUCCAUGCUGUUCGCUAACAGUUUCUCUAAUUCCAAUAGGCUUUGAAAGCGAACAGCAUGGAUCCUGACCAGACUGCGUGGAUGUGCAGGCUGGUCUGGAUCCAUGCUGGUCGCAAAGCCACUAUGUUGGUUUUCUCAUGGCACGGCUCAAAUGCUUUUACAGUGGAAGAACACGUACAAUGAUUUAAUCUUAGAAGCUGUUCUUUACCUUUGAAAUUCGUUUGCUGUUUUAACAUGAUUCAAUAGAAAUGGGUGGUCUAAAAGCACAAGAGAAGGUAACAGUCCAGAAAAUAUCUACAAGGAAGGAAACAAUUUGUCAAUCAAAUAAUAUGCUUGAACUUUGUGGUAACUGUUGGAAAAUAUUUUCCAAGUACUAACACUAAACUUUAAAAUGUAAAAUAGUGCAAAAAUAUUAGUCAUAUUUAGUGCUUUCAGAAUAUGUAUACUAGAAAAAAACAAGAAAUCGAAGCCCAUUAUAUGACAUGUGUAGAAUGAAUGCUUGUUGUAUGUUUUUGUUAUUUUCUUUUUAAAGUAGUACUGAAUUUGUUCCUGAAAUUAAGGUCAGAAAGCCUGUUGGAAACUUCCUCUCUUACCGAUUACUGACAAUGUUAUGUAAAAUUCAGUAUGUUACACUAUCUACACGUAUUUGCACUAUAAACAAUGUUUAAACUA